CAGCGGCGAGCUGUGGAGCUGGGGAGGCAACCGGGAUGGCAGGUUGGGCUACUCGGGGGUGGACACGCAGCCAACACCGCGCAGGGUUGACUUCCGCGGUCGGGCGGUGGCGGUUGCCGCCUCCAACCGCCACAGCGCCUGCCUGACCGGCGCGGGGGAGGUGUGGACCUGGGGGGCCAACAACGAGGGUCAGCUGGGGUACGGCACCAGCAACUCGGCCAACAACCCCACACCGCGCCUGGUGGAGGCGAUGAAGGUGAGGGCGGGGGGGGGCGGUGAGGAUGGUUGGCAGGACAAGGAGGAGGUGCGGAUAGGGGCCGCUGCCCCUCCGCUACCUCCACCUGCCCCCACACGGG